AUGUUUCAUAAACAAAGAACACAACUUGAUAAUGUUGUGAAAGCUAGUUUUAUACGCAGCUUAAAAUUGGCAAAGGCAAUAAAACAAUUUGCCGAAGGAGAAUUUAUGGAGUGUAUGUUAGAAUUUUGCGGUAUUUUGUGUCCUGAAAAGAAAAAUGAAUUAGAAAAAAUUAGUUUGUCAAGACGAACUGUUGUUCGACGUAUAGAAAUGAUGGCUAAUGAUAUAAAAACAACAUUGACUGACCUUAUGGCUGGUUUUGAAUCAUUUUCCAUAGCAUUAGACGAGAUCACCGAUUUGUCUGACACAGCUCAACUGGAUAUAUUUAUUCGAGGAGUUCACUGUUACUGA